AUGGUGGGUGGAAUAGAUGAGAAGCUUACAUCGCACCUGUCCCGGGUCCCUCUGGUGAACCAAUACGGCAAAACUGUGUUUAUCAAAGCUUACGGGAUAGAAAGAAUCACAUCGGACUUCCAAGCUGUCAAUCUUGAUGGUGUUGUUCAUUUGUUCAAGGGCGUUAGUGCCGAAGAAGUCGCAAAACCGACUGGAUCAGUCGACCUACUGAUUGGCUACGAGUAUGCAGGGUUUCAUCCACAGCUAGAGAGACGAAACGGACAUCUUCUGCUACUGAAAAACCAGUUUGGAAAAUGCAUUGGUGGCAAACACCCAAGCAUCAAAGAAACUCACCCAACCAGUGAGUUGACUAGUGUCCGAGCCAAUCAUGUCAAUGCCAUUAAUGUUGAGGACAUCUACAACAUUGAAGGUCUGGGGAUAGCUUGCUCAGCAUGCACGCUGUGGAGGUUGUAAAUGUGGAACGUGGCCCAAGGGAAGCAAUGAUUACACCCUCAAAGAAGAGAAAGAACUGAAGCUGAUCAAAAGCAAAUUGACGUUUGACGACGAAGAGAAGAAAUGGACCGCAGAAUACCCGUGGACAAGAAAUCCGCAAGAAUUACCUGACAACAGAAGGGCAGCAACGAGAGAUGCGAAUGAAGAAGAGCCAAACCAUGAAAUGGAACAAAAUAGUGAAAUGGAACAAAACAAUGAAAUAACAAGUGAUGUUGAAGAAAGACAAGUUGAUGAGGAAAGACCACACGUUAAUCAAGUUCAUGAAAGUCAUGAAUCAAGAGAAGUGUAG